GAGAGAGGGAGGGAGCUCUCCCCAUUCACAUUUCUCUCGAUUACACCACCCGGGGCUCUAAUCGAUCCCUCAAGUUGGCUGGAUAUGACUGAAGAGGCUCGAGCAUCCGAAAAGGAGGCGAUGACUGUGCCCGAAGAUAUUGGCGGGAAGGACGUAAUUGAAGUUAAAAUCGGCAAAGGAAAUGAUGAGUCAGCUGUUGCAGUCAAUGAAGAAGUGGAAGGUCGAAAAAACGACAAUGAUGUGGCGAUGGCGGAUGCGGAAGACGACAAAGCGGCCAAAGAAGCUAAGAAUGCUGGUUGCCUUUCUGAUCCAGAGGUGGCAGACAAAAGAAGAUCACAAUCACAGAAAGUUAAUGAGGAAGAGAACGUAAAAGGCGACAAAGUAUGCGAAACAAAUUCGGAGGAAACUUUUAAGACUCCCGUGAGUUCCUACAGUGACCGACCAGUGCGAGAGAGAAGAACCGUGGAUAGACUAGUGAAUGCUGUCGAAAAGCGACCAACUAAGACUUUCUUUAUUGAGAAGGGCCGCGGUACUCCUCUGAAGGAGAUACCGAAUGUGGCUCACAAGUUAGCAAAGAAAAAGCCUGCAGAUCUUAAAUUGCUGCACCAGAUCCUUUUCAGAAGGCGUGGAAAGGUGGCAGAUUGCAAAAGUCACGUACUCCAAUUUUCUGGAUUCGUAUGGCGCGAUGAUGAGGAUAAGGAAAAAGCAAAAGUAAAAGAGAGACUUCAUCAAUACAACAAAGAUACAUUACUCAUGCUAUGCAACUUGUUCGAUCUACCUGCUGCAAAAAUUAAUACUAGGAAGGGAAAGCUUGUUGCGUCUUUGUUGGACUUUUUGGAGGCACCUCAAGCUAUCACUGAUGUCGCACAUUCUGGAAAAGAGCAGAAUAGAAAGCGUAAGAGGGUUGCAUCAAAGAGUUCGGGAAGUGGACGCCGCAAGGGAUCAAAGAAGGGGGACAUGAGUGAUGAUUCUUCUGAAACAGAUUUGGGCAAUUCAUCUGAAACUAAUGGCGAAGAAGAGGAAAAUGAUGAGACUAACCUUGCUGAUGAGGAUGAUGGAAUGAAUUAUCCUGAGAGCGAGGAAAAGAAUAACGAAUCUGAUCAAAACGGUGAUAAUAAUGAAGAAUCCCAAGAAGACAAUUCCGAAAAGAAUAAACCUUCCGAAAAAGGGGCUUCUGCUGGUACCGAGAAGCCAAAUUCUAAUAUGAGUUUCAUAAAAACACCUCUUCCAACAACAGCAAAGUGUCCAACAAAAAGUGCUUCUCCAAAGCAGGCUAAAGCCGGGGAUUCCAAUGAUACUGAUGGACAAUCCCCGAAAAGUAAAACUGUCGAUACUUCUAAGGACAAGGCAACUGCCAAAGAAGAUAACAAGGAGAAAUCUGCUGGUAAAGAAAUGGCUGAAGGGCAAUCCAAAUCAGGCAUGAAGGUGUACGGGCCGACGAAGGAGAGGGUGAGGAAGGCAAUAUGCCAUAUCUUGGAGUACAGGGUUAAUUAUAAUACGGCAACCUUUAAUGACAUUCUGAAGGAACUCGAGGUACAUUUUGACAGAGAUUUAUCAUCAAGGAAAAAUGCAAUAAAACUCAUGGUAGAGGAAGAGGUGGUGCGGCUCUCAGAGGAGGCUGCGAAGAACGAAGCGAAGGAACAAAAUAAACUGGGAGCUGAUGAGCCUGCAAGCGGAGAGGCGAAAGCUUGAUCAUCGCAGAGGCGCAAGUGAUUUGUAAAUACUAACUUAUUUACCCUGCUCUUCUAUAGGAGUCUUUUUUUCUGCAGUUUAGUCCAAUAGUAACAUUUUAAUAAUGUUCUAUUUUUAUGCAUUUUAGUCACCUUGUCUUGUAAAUAAUAACAUAUUUGCAUUUUUAGAAUUUUUG